AUGUUGACACCCCGCUCCACCUCCAUGAAACAAUCUUCAUCCCUCCUCAUCUCCUUCCUUUUCCUAAUGAUCAUCCUCACAACUCUUAUAUACUUUCUUCAAACAUCCUCUGUAUCCUUUGUGUCUCCCCUCUCUUCAUCUAAUUCACAUACCUCCCCAUUAUCUUCAUCCACGCCCUCUAUUCCCGAAUCCCUCAACUCCUUAUCACCUCUUUUUAAAACUGUUCUUUUCUCCGAACAUUCGACAUAUGAAAAUCUUUCUCAUGAAUAUGAUCAUCUUUGGGAUGAAUUACUUCCACAAAAUGGAGGAUUUUUGAGGGUUUAUGACGAAGAUAUGAAGUCAAAUGGGAAAGAAGAUGCGGAAGGAAAGAAAGGAGAAGUGCAAAAAGGGAAGAAACAUAAAUAUGGAAUAACUAUGUUUCAUUCUCUCCACUGCUUGGGUAUUAUGAGGAGAGGAGUACAGGAAUUGUUUAGGGAGAUGGAGGAGCUGAAGAUGGAAGUUGAGGAGUUGAAGAUGGGAAAGAUGGAAGAUGAUGAAGAGAUGGACAGCAAGGUGAGGAGGGAACAGAAGAAAAAGAGAGCAGGAGGGGCCCAAGGGCAUGGUCAUGAUUUUGGUCACAUGGAACAUGGGGAUCCACUACAUUGGUUGCAUUGUUUUGAUUAUUUGAGACAGACAGUACUAUGCACGGCUGAUGGAACACUUGAGCCACCAAAAGCUGAUUCAAAAGGAAAGGAAAACGUCGACGGGAUGAUGGAGAGGCAAUGCAAGGACCCCGAAGAGUUGUGGAAGUUGAGCGUUGAGUCUUUUGAGGCAACUAGUUAG